UGAAGCUCUGGCUUCCUCAGGUACUCAAGUCAGCCUCAUCACCAGGAAACUCCAGCUGGUCCUUCUCUGGUGAAGUGAGCUUCCCAUCUUCUUCAUCACCAUGGACAUCAAGGGGAAAGAGCUCCUCCUCGGGCUGCUGGUCUCAAGCCUGCUCCUGUGCCAGAAUGGGGCCUCUGGUAGAACUUGUGUUCCUGGGUCCAAAUGCCACCUGAUGCUCCAGGAACUGUAUCAGAAUGCAGUCUAUUUGUCUCAUAGCAUGUAUUUCUAUGCUUUAGACCUGUUCUUCCAACUGACAGGCAUGUAUUUGCAUCGCCCAGGCUACUUCUCUGCAGCCAAAAAAUUAUGUCACACAGCUGAUAUCCUCACUCCAGAUGAGCGGCAGGAUGCCAAACUGAUGCCGAAAGAAGACAUCAUGAAGGUGGUGUUCCAUUUGGUGGACUCCUGGAAUGAGGCCCUGCAGGAGCUGGUCAGGGAAGAGAAUCAACCACCGAAAUUCCAUCGUAUUCUCUCAACUAAAGAACAAAAAAUAUAUUUAAAAUACCAAGAGCUUAAAAGAGCCAUUGUCCAAAUAGCCCUCCAGCUUGAUCUUGAAGUCUCAGAGGAAGAUUUUUCUCCGAAUUCGGAGAUAGAAAAUUUGAAGUCAUCUAAUGAAAAACAACGUCUGUUUACUGUUUAUAACCUGCUACGCUGCUUUAUAGGGAGCAUCUGUCAUUGUGAUAUAGACAAGGCAUCACAGAGAUUAAAGCAGUGCCUGUUGCAGAGCUGCUGGCCUACACUUUACCCCAUUGCCUCUGGCUGUAACCAUGGAUGCCUGGGUCCUGUCUGUAGUCACCGCACAGGGCCCCUUCUCCUGCUGCUGGUGUCAGGCCAGGUCCUGUUCCACACUGUGGCAUCUCGUCCCACCUGUGUCAGGGGAGCUGGCUGUCAGGUGAUUGUCCAAGACCUGAAUGAUAUUGCAGCCUAUGCAUCUUCGUCCAUGUACUUCCAGGCUUUAGAACAGCUCCUGAGAUUUGAAAGUGUGUAUUCUCUGGGCUUAUACUUCUUCUUGCCAGCUAUACAAAGGUGCCAUACAGAUGAUAUCCUCACUUCAUCUGAAAGGGAGAUGGCCAGGUGGAUGCAGGUUGUCCAGAAGGUUGAUUGUCAGGCUUUCCCACAUCAUUACCUCCAGAGUUUACCUUUGGUGAGGUGGAAGUCUGUGUUGGUGCCUCAUUUAAAUGUCUUCUCAUUUCCAUUUUUGUCAUUGAUACCAGCCUUGGUUUAA